AUGUUUCUUCAUGAGUUGCUGCUGUUACUGCUGCUCCAAGUUACUCUUAUAGAUGCAGUUCAUCUUUGCCCUCUCCUUGGACCAAGCUGGCCUGCUCCCACAGGGCUCUCCAGCGACGCCACAGUCCAGGCGGCACUGAAAAACAUCACUCAAACCCUUCAGGAUGUUAGCAAUGCAGGAAAAUUCUCUGGGGCAUCUUUGUCCUUGGAAAUCUUCGACACAAGUAGUUCCGAUGCAUUGCUCACGUACGCUUAUACAGCCAAGGAAAUUAAUACCACCCUUGGCGUGAGCAAGGUCGAUGAGAACACUGUUUUCCGCAUUGGCAGCACGUCUAAGAUGUUCCCGAUGUUUUUGAUUCUGAUCCAGAGCGGUUUCAAGACUCUGCAAGACCCGAUUUCAAAGUAUAUCCCAGAGAUCAAAGCGGCUGCUGCUGAUAUUCAGCGGAAUUCCACGAAAAGAAACAACGGGAAUGACUAUACCAACUGGGAUGAUAUCACAGUUGGAGAGCUAGCGAGUCACUUGGCGGGUAUUGCUAGAGAUUACGGUGUUCUCGAUCUUGCUGAGCAGGCUCCGUUGCUUCAGUCGUUGGGAUUUCCUACUCUUUCUUCCGCGCAGGUUCCACCUUGUGGUGUUCCAAACCCUUGUAGCAGAAAGCAAUUUUUUGAUGGGCUGUUUCAGUCUCAUCCUAUUGUUCCUCCGUCAUCUACUCCAAUCUACUCCAAUGCAGCUUUUCAGAUCCUCGGAUACGUUGUGGAGGCCCUUGCGGGCGGCGAAGACUUUGAAAAGGUUCUGAAACACAAAAUAACCAAGCCGCUCAACAUGGCUCACACCUUCUAUACUACGCCCAGUUCAUCUCUUGGUGUGAUUCCUAGCUACCAAGGUGAAUAUUGGUGGGAUUUCGAUAUUGGUGAAGAGGCACCCGCCGGUGGUAUCUUCUCAUCCGCAAAGGAUAUGUCGACUUUUGGUCGCGCCAUUCUCAACAGCACUCUUCUCCCUCGAUCCACCACAAGACGAUGGUUGAAACCACUCACGCAUACUUCAUCCCUUGAUUACGCCGUUGGCGCGCCUUGGGAGAUUCUAUCAUUCGGCAAUGAGCGCCCGAUUGAUCUCUAUACCAAAUCUGGAGAUAUUGGCACAUACUCCUGUGUCCUAUCUCUGGACCCGGACCAUAACGCUGGCUUCGUGCUUCUCGGCGCUGGAAAUAGCACCCACGUAUCUCUAGCUCUCGCGUCAGAUCUCGUCGCCGAGAGUCUGCUACCUGCACUUGAACAAGCAGCAAAGAACCAAGCACACGCCCGUUUUGCGGGUACAUAUGCACUGGGUACAGGGAAUUCCUCCAUUACUAUCACCACCGACGACGGACCCGCUCUGGUCGUCACAAGCUGGGUCAACAAUGGCACUAAUAUGUUGCAAAGCUAUAUGGCUUUGAAUGGGAUUACUGAUCCUUCCAUGCUUGAUAUUCGUUUGUAUCCCACGGGCCUAGAAAGUCCAGGGCAACUUUCAUUCCGGGCUGUGAUCCCACCUCCACUACCAUCUGGUGUUGGGCCAUUUAGCUCAUCUUGUAUUUCCUGGGUGACUCUAGAUUCACGGGUUUAUGGCAAUGUGGGAAUUGAUGAGUUUGUGUUCAAUUUGGAUGGCAAGGGCAAUGUAGUCAGUGUGUCGCCGAGGGUGUUGCGUACCGUUCUGUCGAAUGUGAACUAG